AUGCUGCCCACCCGAUUCCUUCGCCCAGCAACUUCGCUGGUGCGACCCUUCAGCUGCUCUGCAGUGGCUGCCCGCGCCCCUUCCAUCAGAGACGUGACCAACGAUUCUGCCGAAGAAUUCAAUAGACGGCAGCGAGAGUUCCGCGAAAACCUCGAAGAGGCUCGCAAGAGAAAGGAACAGUUAGAGAGUCAGUCCGUCUCUACUUCCAAUGGUUCUUCGUCUUCCCCUUCCCGUGAGUCCGCUCCCACUGCUCCGAAUGUGAGCAAUGCGAGCUCUAUUGAUCGAGUUCGCCCCGCCUUUGAUGCGGCCGACGCUUUGGACCAUAAGGCACUGGGCUCACUCGCUAUGCACCGCUUUCUAGGAGAUGACCAGCAGCCUGAGAGCCCGUCCAAGCGCGGGCCACUGUCUUCGCUCAUCUACGGCACUAAGGAGGGCCAGCACUUCGAUAAGGACAUUGAGCGCUCCUUCUCGCAAGUCCUGGCUCGCGGCAAAUACGUCCAUUCGAUUGUUCUCCACGACGUCAAGCCGGAUAAGGUCGACGAGUAUGUGGAGCUGGUCGGCCAGUGGUACCCUCGUAUGGCUGGCAUUCCUGAGAACCGCGUCAACUUGGUCGGCAGUUGGCGUACACAGGUCGGCGACAAUGAUACAUUUGUUCACAUCUGGGAGUACCAGCGCUAUGCGGGUUACCACGAGUCCCUCCAUAAUAUUUCGAUCCAGCCUGAGUUUCAAGACUUCGACCGAAAACUUAAGAGCUUGAUCAAGAGCAAGAAGACAUCCCUCAUGCAGGAAUUUUCCUUCUGGCCCACGAGUCCGCCCCGCCGUCUGGGCGGUCUAUUCGAGCUCCGAUCGUACACACUGCACCCAGGAAACCUGAUGGAGUGGGAGAAUCACUGGCGCCGAGGCCUGACCGCACGACGCGAGACUAUGGAGGGCGUUGGAGCUUGGUUUGUCCAAAUUGGAGACCUUAACACGGUGCACCAUCUGUGGCAGUUUGCCAACUUGGAGGAGCGUAGAAUCCGGCGAGAACAAUCUUGGGAAGUCGAAGGGUGGGCCGAGACAGUCCACAAGACUGUACCCCUCAUCCAGACGAUGCAAAGCCGGAUUCUGGUCCCCAUGCCAUGGAGCCCAGUCGGUUAA